AUGGGUCAACAAACAUUGGCGAAAAGUGAGGAACUCGCUUACUUGCUUGGCAUUAUAGGGCUACUGCUUUUUACAGGCAUUACAGCAGGUAUUCAGGUGGCUUUGUUUUCCAUGGACCGCAUGUUCCUUCGCAUUCUUACAACGACGGGAUCUCCGCAGGAACGGCGGCGGGCGAAAUGCCUAUUAGACAUUCUGGAACUCGAGCAUUGGACGCUGGUGGCUUUACUUUUUGCGAAUGCCUCGGCAAUGACGGGUGUGCCUAUAUUACUUGAACGUGUUUUUGACCAGCUGACAGCUCUUCUUCUAUCUAUCACGGCUGUCCUUUUUCUUAGUGACAUUAUUCCUCUCUCUAUUUUUGUUCGCUGGUCAUUUCCGAUGUGCUCCUUCUUUGUUCCACUCAUAUGGCUGCUGGUGGUUGUCACUGCCCCGGUGAGUUACCCAGCGGGAAAGCUUUUGGAUUAUGUCUUGGGACGCAAGGACUACCUUCUCCGGCGCGAUGAGCUGGAGGCUUUGUUUUUGGCCCAGCAGAAGGAAACGGCGUUUCUUCGAGAGUCGGAGGUCAACAUGCUCACAGGGGCCUUGCGGUUGUCAAGUCAUCGAGUGCAAGAUUUUGUCGUGACGACGUGUGACAAGGCAUUUAUGCUCUCGUCACGGACGCGGCUAGACAAAAAAACGGUGGAGAAUAUUCUUAUCGCUGGAUACAGUCGCAUUCCUGUUUAUUUGAACGACAACCGACUGCACAUUCUUGGCGCCCUCAUUGUCCAGUCGCUUAUAAAGUUGUGCUUCACCAACCCUCAGAAGCCGCCGCGAGCGGGGGAUUACCCCCUUAUGGAGAUGCUUCGCCUGCCGGCAAGCACCACGUUGUACAACACCUACCGUGCCUUUCAUGAACAUUCAUCCAACAUGGCCGUGGUGUACGACGAUUGUGGGGUGAUGAUUGGGUUGUGGACCCUCACCGAUCUUCUCAACACGCUCUACAAUCCCGGUGCGCCACAGCAUGCUGACAACACUCGUAGGCAGGAACUAAUGGUGGGCUUACUGGAAAGCGUGAAAGUUCUGAGUGCCACAAGACGCAAGGUGCAACCACCUGCGGAGGAUGAUAGGGUCGAAUUCGAGGAAUUUCCCCGCGGUGAACGUGACAUAUGA